GAGUUUUCAACGUUCGGAUGGGGUUUCAGUAUUGGAUAGUAAUCUUUUUACUCGAAACUGGACGAAAUCUAAAACUAAAACUAGGUCCGAAAGUCUGGGGGCUUCAACCACAUGUGUAUUCCGGUCUUUGCUUGAAAAAGGUAGAAGACAACUUCGUCCGAGUCUUCACUUGAUCGAGUAG